AUGAGCAAGAUCGAUGGCGCGCCCAUGUGGUUUUUCUAUGGUACGACAGAUGUUUUUGAUGCGUCGAUAGAAGAAAACCUGAAUUGGACUGUUCGAUACAAACAAGCAAUACGCGGAGAGGAAAAACCCCAUCACAGCGAUGGCGAGAUUCUUUACCGACAAUUCGCCAUUAAUCUACAUCGAAUUGACAAGGAUGUCGAGAGAUGCGAUAGAAAUCUGAUAUUCUUCUCUAAUAAAGAGAAUCUCGAAAGCCUUCGAGGCACUCACACUCGAAUGCUUUACGGUGCUGAUGACAAGAUUAAGGAUAAUUUUCCACAGCGAAGUGGCAUGGAUGUGUGUCUCAUGAAUCUGCGUUCACUGAUACAGAAAGCUGAGCAUUUUCGCAAACCGUUCUCAUUUGAGUUGAAUGGGGGUUGUCGACCCGCAAAUCUUCACGCUUUUGACUUCACUUCGAUUUACCAUCUCUACUUUAGUUAUCGAUGGUUUUUAUUGGAUUUCAAAAGAGAAAUGUCUACGAUGCAUUUCCGUGUAUGGGAGACGAUAUGGGCAGCCAAGAAAACGUUUACACCUCAUUUUUCGCUGUUCUUUGCCUUGGCGAUGGUAACAAACUACCGGGAUGUGAUCAUUGCCAACAACAUGGAUUUUACUGAUAUGAUCAAGUUCUCAAUGGUACUGGCAAUUAUUGUCAGAUUCUGA